AUGAAAGGGCUUUCAGCCUCCUUCAUAAUUAUAUUUGUCGGCAUUUCUCACCCAAACCAAACCCCCACUCUUUCUCCCUCUUACCAUUCCUCUGCUCGAAGAAACCCCAAAACCCCCAACCCCAUAAACCCGACCUCCCUCUUCUCUCUCUCACGGCUUCACUCCACCACUACCAGUGUGCUCGCGUCGGACCACUGCGGCUGCGUCAAGUUGCAGCAGCUUUGUGCUUCUCCCUCCUCUUCUUCAUCCUGUUCGUGGCAGCCCAAUGAGCGACUUGUUGCUGCACAUUGUUUCGUCGACGAACGGCCGCCGGAAUCCUACCGUUGGCGUCGCGCUUCUAUUGCCCAGCCUCGCCGGAGCUCCCCUUCCCUCCCGUGCUUUGUUUUCGUCCCUGCUCAAGUAGAGCAGUGGUCUCACAGGCGAUUCCGAGGAGUUCCGACGAGGUUUCCGGCGAAUUUUGUUGUUCUUCAUGAGUUUGAUACUCGUUCCAUAUUUGGAACACUUGAGACUAAUGAUCCUCCGAAGAACAUGGAGAGGUAUAACAAAAAGUGGUUCAUUGGUAGGAAGAAGAUUUUCACAAAGAAAUCUUUUGAAAAUUGGACCCUUUUCUUUGGGGAUGACGAACUGAGCAUCAGAUGGGUAGUGCCAUGGUAGAGGAUUGGCUCCAUGGUAGGUGGCUGUGAAGAUUCUUCCUAUGUUAGGUUGUGUAGCUUGUACGCUCUGACUUACUAUUUCCCGUCGAGGGUAGUGAGAUAGUAUGGUUGCCGCCAGUUGAUUCCUCCAGAGGACACUGUUCACCCUAAGAUAUAUGGUCUAAUUUAGAGUGGGAUUAUAAAGUGGGAGAGAUAUUGGGGAGAACAUCCUAUUUGGUAUACCUAGGAGAGGCUAUAAUAUGAGAAAGUAUCCAAGAGUUAUAUAGCGUGGAUGCUGAUUAAUGAUCCUGCUAUGAGGAAAGAGAUGAGGGAGAAGGAAUUCUCUGAAGUGGCUAAAAAGUGGAGGUUUACUCCACGUACUAUGGUGAAACUUUGGGAAAUGGGGAGUAGAUGAGGACGAAGCUAGUUGUGAACCCAUCUGUAAAGAGGAAUGACACUAAACCUACUACUAGAACUUCUUCUGUGAAGGAUCGUUUAGGGCCCAAGCUAGUAUCACUGUACCAGUGCAGGAGAGACUUGGACCACGGGUGGCACCGACAAAGAGGAGACUACGCUUGGCAUGGGUGAUCAUAAGGCAAAUGACUGACGCAGACAGGUUGACUCGACAAGAAGAAGCUCCUAUGCGAGAAGGGAAAGAAAGGAUGGUGUUCUGGAAAAAGGAAGACUCAUAGACCAAAGUUGCAGAUGGAAAAGGGAGAGACUUCUAACCAAGGAAAGGAAGCGGGAGAAGCUAAGAAGGAAAAAAAAGAAAAAGGACUCAUUGCAACAAUGUCUUCUAUUAUAAUAAAUUUUGAUUAUUGGUUAUUGUUAUUUAAUGUUAAUUUAUUGCUUUCAAUAAGGCUUGCAUGCCACAUAGUUAUUUUACGGUAUUUAUAAUUUGAUGUUAUUAUUUUUUAUUCAGCAAUAUUAAUAGAACACAUUCUAUUUUUAUUUA